AUGGCAACUUCCACAUUUAGAGCUUCUAAAUGGGAUCCUAUUUACAUUAUAGCCCAAAUUAUGGCCGUCCAAUCUCUCUGCUACAUCUCAUUCACAGUUGUUCUGCUUAUCAAUCUUACAUUAAGUGGCACUGAUGUCUCACUUGAUCUCCUUUUCGAUCCUCUUCAAAUACGUACAGAUACAGGAUUUGGAUGGUCUUUGAUUGCUGUCUGGCUUAUAAAUGCCUUAUUGUCAAUACCCAUCUUGACGAUUAUUGUACAAAGAGCAAAACAAAUUCUCGAUUAUGUCCUGACAUUUCAUUUUUUUCAUUUACUGGGGUGUUGGUAUAGGGUAGCAUUCCCUACUAAUGGGACAUGGUGGUUAUUACAGAUUGUUACGAUAAUUAUCAUGACAUUUGGUGGUGAAUGGGCUUGUAUGCAUCGAGAAAUGAAGCCCAUCUUGAUUUCAUCGACAACUGAGACAGCAAAAAGAAAAGAUGGUCAACAAGGACCUUUAUUAUUAGAUAAAGUUAAAAAUAUGUUCAACAAGGAACAAAACCAAAGAUACGAUCAGAUACCAUUGAAUGAUAUACAAGAAGGUGCAAGCGGUAGUCGUUCGUAA